AGUUAAGAUAUUUGCAAUUUCCAUUGCACGCUAUUCCGUGAAAAAAUCAACAUUCCGUGUGCUCCAGCAGCUCCUCGUCCCUGUUGGCCAUAGUAUCAGCGUUCUUCCAUAAAAGACGCUCAUUGGAAUACGAAGUAGUACCUUCCCUUCGUCAACAAAAGUACUACCUUUAGAUAAAAUGACUUGGAUUUUUCCUUCGCAAUGCCUUACACUUAUCAAGACGAAUGCGUAGAGAAAACAGGACUGGCACCCUUUUCGUUUUCAAUUUUCAACUUCAUCAUGUAAACUUCAUCGGUGCAUUGCGAUUGUGCUUUCGCGCAGCCACUGGCCCAGCGCCAGCCCCGAUCAGGCCUAUUAAAUGCAGAAAUGGCGUUUCUGGUUGUGUUUCCUCCGUCGGUUCUUUAAGAUCGACCUGCCUCGUUGUUGCAAAGAUCAUGAGCAGCACCCUCAGGCUGAUCUUCAUGACGUUGCGGAGCACCCUCUCGCUUCCGGUCUGCUCGGAAGAUGUCGAGACAAUGAGCUUCUGCGGACGACAAUGCCGGAAGAUGAAGCAAAGCCCUUUCUUGGCUUGUCCGAAACAUCAAAUUGGUCCAGCGUCGUGGAGAAACCGAUAUAAUGUUCUAGUCUGGGUUUGGUUGGUCAUUUUCAUCGAGCAAACGCGCCAACAUUUAUUCGGGUGCGCUGACGCCACGCUCGCGGCGAUGGCUGCAGCCUCACCGGACAUGAACAAGAAAGAUCAUGUGCAGCAGGAGGAGCAGCAGGCACAGAUUUGGGGACAACUUGCAAGAGGACAAUCACAGGCGUCUUCCCUUCAGACCACGACUGCAGUGGAAACAGGCAGACGAAGACUGGGUCAAGCACGAAAUGAUGAAUCUAAUGAUAGUACAGAACCGAAACCCAGCAAAAAUGCUGGAGCAGGAGGAGCAAAAACUUUUGAAGAUGGGAUUGGUAGGCUUCAAAGCGACGUAGAGCUCGAGGAAAGGAAACUAACAAGCGGUAACGCAACCACCAACACGGAAACGGCGACCAUGGUUGGGUACCUGCAGCCCCCGCCCAAUUAUGAAGUUUCGAGGCACCUCUGCUGCAAUUACAAUCCUGAUAGUCCCCGGCAGCGGAAGGGACCUUUCAACGGAUUUCGGGUCACGCUGCCAAAGGCGACCAAUGCUACCGCCGCAGUUGAUGCGGGUUGCAAUGCCGGGAGCAACUUCCCCCGCGAGUUUACGAAGGAAUACGCCGCUUGCGACUUCUGUGCCUGUCUGUGGUACUACGGCGCGCCCGCGAGACAGCGCUGCUGCAGCAUAAAAGAAUUCGGCAUGGCCGGUGUCGACCCAGAGACCCAAUGGGAAUACUGCACGGGGCAAUACCACGUGUACCACUCUGUUCCUGUUGAUUUUUUGAUUUUAAGUCUACCGAUCAGUCGAAAAAAAUAUAGUACUUAAAUCGAUGUCGACGUUGUCGGGACCACUUUAAUAUGCCGAUACAGAUCUAGGCUUGGAAACGCCACCGGGACGAGACGACGUGAGCAUCAUUCUUCUAACUAUAUGAGAAUGAAAAAGAAUAUCAAAACCAAAAGCAUGAAUCGCUUUACAACAGGCUUGAGACACGAUCCGGCAACAAUGAUAUUCACAUCUGCGAGCUCUUCUACGACAUCUAUCCGUUCCAAGAGCUCUCCGCUGCCCAGUCGCGCCACACGUUGACACCUCAUGUCGGCCUGACCGCGCUAGCGACCUCGCUAUUGCUGCCAUUCAUCCUCCCAACAACAACAAGUCGACCCCGUCGCUUCGGCGAGAAUCGACAUGCAUAG